UCCCCAUAUCUCUCCCUCUACUUCCCUCUCUCUCUCUCUGUCUCUAUCUCAACAAGUUUCUCUAUGGGCAACUACCUUUCCUGCUCCCUCUCCUCUCCGGUCGCCGGCCUCCAAUCCGGCCCCAAAGUCAUCCUGCCCUCCGGCGCUAUCCACCAUCUCAGCGCCGCCUCGGCCACCGCAGCCGAGCUCAUGCUCGAACACCCUGGCUUUUUCCUGGUACACUCUAGCGCCAUUCUAAUAAACCGCCGGCUAUUUGCCCUCUCGGCCGAUGAAGAACUCGAGCUCGGCGUGGUCUACGUCAUGUUUCCAAUGGACCGGGUUGGUUCGGCCGCCUCCGCCGCUGACAUGGGUCGGCUUCUUCUCGCAGCCGGUAGGCAGGCCCGUCGGGACCGGGCUCAGGUUACUCCGGCCGCAGAGUCGUCUUCUCCGGCUUUGUCGAUGGAGACGGCGUCGGAAAACCCGCUGAAGCCGGAGGAGGAGGACGAUGUUUUGAUUGCGGAGUUCAGGUAUAAGAGGAGCUUGUGCCGGUCGAGGAGACCAGCCUUGGAGACGAUAACGGAGGAAGCAGUUUUUUAGAUUUUUUUUUUUUUUAGUUUGGUUGUAGAGGAGGGAUUCGAUUCCUCUUCGGUUAGCACAUGAAUUGGAAGCUGGUCGUUCAAAUUUAUUUGGACGGCUGAGAUUAAAGCAAUUGUAUCGUGCCGUUCCGUGCUAGGUAGAAGGGAUCUGAACCUGAUAGAGAAGGGUUAGGUUGGGGACUUGAUUGUAUUCAAGUUGUAAUGUGUAUCAAUAUAUGCAAUCUGUUUCAUAUAAUCUGGAAGGGCUUACCACAUGACUUUAUAAAUGUGAAUUGCAUGGAAAAUAAAGCAUAACUUUAUA